AUGAAAGCUAUAGAACGCCUCAAGGCCUGGUAUAGGAAAGUGAAUGGCCUAGGCCAGGUGCACAGCGAGGGCGGUGGUGACACGACCACGACCACCACUUCGGAGCCUUCGCUCCCUUCGUAUUCCUCCACCGGGCGCGCCCGGAGCGCCUCGCGCGGGGAGGAGCGUGAGGACGACAGGGGCCACGAGGUGAAGCCGCGACACCCGCAUCAGCCCGGCUACGCGCGCCCCCACACGGCGCCUCCGGGACCGCAGGAGCCUCAGGGCCUGCCGAAAGGGUCGGCGCAGCAGCCGCAGCGGGUGUCUCAGCAGGCCCAGCCGCACCAACAUCGGAGCACCCAGCAGAAGCAGAAGAGCAUGUCGCGCUCGAGCGUGGAGCCCCGGGACUUCUUCACGGAGUGCGGCGAGAGCAGCCGGUACCAGAUAAAGGAAAUAAUCGGCAAGGGCAGCUACGGAGUGGUGUGUUCCGCGGUGGACAAGCUGACAGGGGAGAAAGUGGCCAUCAAGAAAAUCACGAACGUCUUUGACCAUGUGUCCGAUGCCACGAGGAUACUUCGCGAGAUCAAGCUGCUCCGCCUGCUGCGGCACAACGACAUCGUGGAAAUCAAGCACAUCAUGCUGCCCCCAAGCGCUCGAGAGUUCAAGGACCUGUAUGUGGUGUUCGAGCUGAUGGAGACGGAUCUGCAUCAGGUGAUCAAGGCCAACGACGACCUUACCCCUGACCACCACCAGUUUUUCCUGUACCAGAUGUUGAGAGGCCUGAAAUUCAUACACACUGCUCGGGUGUUCCACAGGGACUUGAAACCCAAGAAUAUCUUGGCAAACUCUGACUGCAAGCUGAAGAUAUGUGACUUUGGGCUGGCACGGCCCGCGUUCAAUGACAUGCCCACAACCAUCUACUGGACUGACUACGUGGCGACGAGGUGGUAUCGUGCACCAGAGCUCUGUGGCUCCUUCUUUGCCAAGUAUUCUCCCGCAAUCGACAUCUGGAGUGUGGGGUGCAUCUUUGCAGAAGUGCUGCUUGGGAAGCCACUCUUUCCUGGGCGCAAUGUGGUGCAUCAGCUGGAGUUAAUUACAGAGCUCCUUGGAACACCGCCUGCAGAAGUGAUUUCAAAGGUGAAGAACGAGAAGGCCAGGCGUUUCUUGACCAGCAUGCGCAAGAAGCCUGGCAUCCCCUUUGAGGUACACUUCCCAAAGGCAGACAAGGGCGCCCUGCGACUGCUGAAGCGGAUGUUGGCAUUUGACCCAUCUGAACGGCCAACUUCUGAAGAAGCGCUGGCAGAUCCGUACUUCCAUGGCCUUGCCUCGGCGGCAAGGGAGCCCUGUGGCAACCCUGUCAGCAAACUCGCGUUUGACUUUGAGCGGCGGAAGCUGAAUGUGGAUGAGGUCCGCGAGCUCAUCUACCGUGAGGUCUUGGAGUAUCACCCUCAAGUGCUGUCCGAGUACCUAGCAGGCAGCAAGCCGAUGAGCUACAUGUACCCCAGUGCUGUGGACAACUUCAAGCGACAGUUUGCACACCUGGAGUCUGGCAUGCCCCUACCCCGGGGCUCCACCAGGUUGGGACAUGCGGCCUCCAUGCCCAGGGAGCGUGCUGUGGAGUACCAAAGCGAAGUCACGAAGUACACGCACGCCCAUGGCCGAGGGCAUGAUGAUAAGGACCGGAGUCAUGUUGUGGACCACUUGGGGUCCUCGGUGCGCAACAUGACUGUAGCUGAGCACCCACACAACAUGGCUUACCACCCAGCUGGGCACUAUGCCCCGAGUUCGGCGCUGAGGUCGAACAGCUUCCAUAACUGA